AUGCAGGUUUCAACGUUCAUGACAGCCGCUUCGCCGACCGCGCCGGAAUACACGACUGCAACACCACGGGCCUCCACAACACAGCCGGGCAGCCAACCAGCCCAGGGAAAAUCGAAGUCACCAUCAAAACAACAAUCCACCGUACAAUGCCAGAACCCACCCUGGGGUAUCUUGAAGCGCGGAAGAAAGCAGGCCGAACCCGGGCGUGGCGCACAUGGUCCUUCAGGGACCUUGUGGCCGACUGUUGCUCGUGGGUACCUGGGUGGAUGGUGGAUGCGUGAAUCGGGAGAAAGCCCAACUGGCAACAGGGACUCAAUCCACCGUCCUAAACACUUUCAACAUGGGGGCGAAGCUUUCAUUUGUUCACCCCCCAACUUGCUCCAGUCAAACCACGACGCCCCUUCAAACCACAGGGCCCAGCAAUGUCGCUUCGAAUACAACGCACAGCAAAAGCCUGUCUCGUCCAUGGCCGCAGUUCUUGGAACCACAGAGCUCCUGGAGAUGAUUAUGCUCCAACUGGACCAUAGGUCGCUGUUAAAGGUGCAGGGAGUCUGUCAGAGAUGGAAACAAAUAAUCAACCACUCGAUCCAACUUCAACAAGUGCUGUUCUUCAAACCGAGAAAGACCAGUGAUACAAAGCACACAUCAAAUCCGCUGAUCGAAGAAAUCAUUCUACCCCAGCUUCUGUUGAGGUCAAGAAAUUUCGUCAUUCCCGGAAAACACCCAAAUUUCGAGGCAUGCUUUCGCCAGGAGGCGAGCUGGAGGAAGAUGCUACCACAGCAAGCCCCCGCGUCAACAAUCGGGGUGAUAGAGGUUAUACGACACGAGAAGUACCGUUUCACAAAGCUGGCAAUAGAGCCGGGGUUAUUGAGGAUGGAGCACAUUCUUGAUGCCCUGGAGAACGGGGUACUGAUGCCCACACCGUAUAACCGGGUCCUCUGGACCACUGUCGCGCGAUCUCUCAAUUUCGAGAUAUGGGGGCAGAACUGGGUACAGACGAAACGAAACCACCCUGAAGAAACUCCAUGGAUCCCGGCAAACAUGGACUGGGAUACCCUGCGACUAGGCGUGGCUUCCAUGUGUCUAGAACAGUCCGACUGUGAUUUUGUCAUAGUAUCCGAGUGGCCACAUCGUUUGUUUCAGAAUGAUAUCUGUCACUGUGAACCGACAAUGCUUGAUCGCUGGUUAGAGGCGUCAUUUGGCAAGUGCGAGGUCAUCACUGCCCGUGAACUGACUAGUCAUACAUGUGUUUUCAAAGAAGGGAAUUUCCCGGUGCUUAAACAACUGUCUCCGAGCUAA